CUCUUUUGUCUUCUCCAAUCUGAUUCUUCUUCUUCUUCUCUCUCUCUCUCUCUCUCUUUCUCUCUCUACAUUUCUUCGUAGUUCUCCGAAACCAAAAAAUGGGAAGGGACGACCUCUACAUCACGGUGCCGAGCUUUUUCCGGUGCCCGAUUUCACUUGACGUGAUGAAAUCCCCCGUCAGCCUCUGCACCGGGGUCACCUACGACCGCGCCAGCAUCCAGCGCUGGCUGGACGACGGCAACAGCACCUGCCCCGCCACCAUGCAAGUCCUCUCUUCUAAGGACUUCGUACCCAACCGCACCCUCCACCGCCUCAUACAGAUCUGGUCCGAAUCGGCGCGUCUCCGAAAGGCGCGAUUCGAGAGCGACAACAGCAGCAACUCGAAAGACCAGGUGGCGGAGCUGAUUCGGCAGAUGGUGGACCGCCACAGCUCCUCGUCUGUGGAUUCGCUGGCCAAGAUUGUGCGGUUCGCCAAGGAGUCGGAAGAGAACAGGAAGUUUCUCGCCAACUGCGACGGCUUUGUGCCGCUGCUCGUCGAGGCUCUCGCCGGCGGCGGCGGCAAUGCCGGCGACGGGAGCAACAACAUUCGCAUUCUCGAGCAAAUCGUCAGGAUCAUUCAUUUUCUGAUUGGAGAAAUCCAAGACUCUGACGAAUUGGUGAGGUUGAUGUUGAAGAAGAGCGGCGCUGGCGCCGGUGGUGGAGAUUGCUUGGCAUCUCUGCUGCUUGUUCUCCAACAGGGAAGCGCCGAGUCUCGAAUCGCCUCGGCUAUGGUUAUGGAGUCGGUCGCCGUGAGCGCCGAGUCCAAGCUCUUGAUCGCCGAGCGGGACGGAGUGUUGCCGGAAUUGUUGAAAUUAACGAGUCCGGAAAAAGACUCCACCCUAAUCGAAGCCGGACUGUCGUGCCUCAUCGCCGUUUCGGUGCCGAAACGCGUGAAGGUGAAACUAGUCCAACUCGGCGCCGUCAAGUCUCUGUCCAAACUGUUGUCGGACUCGAACUCCACGACGUCGACGAUCGAGAAGGUUCUGAAGCUGCUCGAAACGGUGUCGUCGGUGAAGGAAGGGCGGGCGAAGAUUUGCGAGGCGGAGGAGGAGGAAGGAGGCGACUGCUGCGUGUCGGCGAUCGUGCAGAGACUGCUGAAGGCGUCGAGCACGGCGACGGAGCACGCGGUGACGAUUCUGUGGAGCGUGUGCUACUUGUUCAAGGAGCGAUCGGCGCAGGAGGCGGUGACGAAGGCCAACGGGUUGACCAAGAUUCUGCUGUUGAUGCAGAGCAAUUGCUCGCCGUUCGUCCGGCAAAUGUCCGCCGAUUUGCUUAAGAUUUUCCGGGUGAAUUCCAAGUCCACCAUUUCGUGUUAUGAUACUAAGACCACUCAUAUUAUGCCCUUUUGAGACAAAAACCCAAAGGAGAGAGAGAUUGUAAAUGACACAAAAAUUUUUGUUAGCAAGUACAAAUUACCAAGGAGGCAAGGAGAAAUUGAAAUUCAUUACAUUUGAUUUUUAAUUUGGUUAUUUCUGGUUAUUGGAUUCA